AUGUGUGUUUAUGUAUUAAGGAGAAAUGUGAACCACUCACAAGAACCAGUCACAAGAACCAGCCACGAGAACCAGUCACAAGAACCACUCACAAGAACCAGUCACAAGAACCACUCACAAGAAUCAGUCACAAGAACCACUCACAAGAACCAGUCACAAGAACCAGUCACAAGAACCAGUCACAAGAACCAGUCACAAGAACCACUCACAAGAACCACUCACAAGAACCACUCACAAGAACCAGUCACAAGAACCAGUCACAAGAACCACUCACAAGAACCACUCACAAGAACCAGUCACAAGAACCAGUCACAAGAACCACUCACAAGAACCAGUCACAAGAACCAGUCACAAGAACCACUCACAAGAAUCAGUCACAAGAACCACUCACAAGAACCAGUCACAAGAACCACUCACAAGAACCAGUCACAAGAACCAGUCACAAGAACCACUCACAAGAAUCAGUCACAAGAACCACUCACAAGAACCAGUCACAAGAACCACUCACAAGAACCAGUCACAAGAACCACUCACAAGAAACAGUCACAAGAACCACUCACAAGAACCAGUCACAAGAACCACUCACAAGAACCACUCACAAGAACCAGUCACAAGAACCACUCACAAGAACCAGCCACAAUUUAUAAAUAA